GACUACCACUCAGUACAAUCUUAACUCGCGUCUUAUAAAUAUCCUGCAAUUAAUCCUGUCGCUUAAUAAUUUUAUUUGGAUUCAAAUAAUUAACUGGUGACCUUACAAGUGCUCAGUGUAAAUUUUAUUUAUAUCAAAAUUUUUUUGUAAAAAGAAAGAAAAGAAAAUUAGUUUGAUUUUUUUUUAAUUUUCUCAAAAAUGAAAAAAUAUUUUUUGUUUUUAAAUUUAUUGAGUUUUAUUAUUUUUUUGGUUUUAUUUCCGGUGAAAACAAGUGCGUUGACGACUUUUGGUAAAACUAAUCCACAAAAUCAAAAUCCACCCCCACCACCUACUCCAGCUUACAAUAACGAGGUGAUAGUGGUCAAUAAAACAGCUUUUGAAUUAGCACGAUUAACUAGUAUGGGAAGAAGCGGAAUGAGACCUACCGGAAUGAAGAGUUCUUCAGCUCAUGUAGGACAUAACAGCUUGGGCAAAGCGCGAGAAUGCAAAAUAGAGUCAGAUUGCAGUGCAAUACAAAACACAACAUGUGUGCAAGAUCCAAAUGGUGACAAAAAACGUUGUCUCUGUGGUGAUUUAUCGGCUCCUGUCAAUGGAUACUGCAGUUAUCAAUAUAAAGCAUUACAUUCAAUGUGUAAUGACGAUAACGAUUGUGGUGAAGGCGCGGAAUGUAUUCCCGAAAACACAACAUCUUCAGUAAAAAAAUGUACAUGCAAGGAAGAUUGGGUCGAGGAAAAUUUCAAGUGCAAUGGAUCUAUAACAUUGACUUCGUCAUUAUUUCUAUUAAUUUUUUCUAUAUUAAUUGUAAAACAUUAAAAUAAUUUAAAACGAUCAUAAUUAAUUUUGAGGACAUUUCGAUUUAUUUGAUACUGGACAAAGAAGAAUUGAAAUUAUUCAUAUAUAUUUA